UUUUUAGCGGCGACUUCGACAUCUUCGGAACAUUGCUGCCCGGAACAUUGUUAAUAAAAAUGGCCAUCAGCUACUUGACACCUUCUUCACACUUCAUCUGUGUAGCAGUGAAAAAAUAUGCAAAGAAUUUUAUAGAAGUGAAGUGAUUAAGAAUUCCUUGAAUCCAACUUGGCGGAGUCUUGAUUUUGGAAUAAUGCCUGACUGUCUUGACACAUCUGUGUCUUGCUUUGUGGUAAAGAUCUGGGGUGGAAAGGAGGACACCUACCAGCUGCUGAUUGAAUGGAAAGUCUAUUUGGAUGGGCUGAAAUACUUGGGUCAGCAGAUUCAUGCCCGAAACCAAAAUGAAAUAAUUUUUGGGCUAAAUGAUGGCUACUACGGUGCUCCCUUAGAACAUAAGGGUUAUUCAAAUGCUCAGAAGAAUAUUCUUCAGGUGGAUCAGAACUGUGUUCGCAAUUCUUACGAUGUCUUUUCUUUGCUACGGCUUCAUAGAGCCCAGUGUGCAAUUAAACAGACUCAGGUAACUGUUCAGAAAAUUGGAAAGGAAAUUGAAGAAAAACUAAGACUCACAUCUACAAGCAAUGAACUGAAAAAAGAAAGUGAAUGCCUACAAUUAAAAAUUUUGGUGCUUCGAAAUGAACUGGAAAGACAGAAGAAAGCCUUGGGACGUGAGGUAGCCUUUCUGCAGAAGCAGCAGGUUGCAUUACAGGAUGAAGGCAGCACAUUUUCAACUGAACACAUCAAGCUUCAACUCCAGAAGGAAUCCCUAGAUGAGUUGAGGAAGGAGUGCACCGCCAAAAGAGAACUCUUUCUGAAGACCAAUGCUCAGUUAACAAUUCGUUGCAGGCAAUUACUCUCUGAGCUUUCCUACAUUUAUCCUAUUGACUUGAAUGAUCAUAAGGAUUACUUUGUAUGCGGUGUCAGGUUGCCUAAUUCUGAGGACUUUCAAGCAAAAGAUGAUGGAAGCAUUGCUGUUGCCCUUGGUUAUACUGCACAUUUGGUCUCCAUGAUUUCCUUUUUUCUACAAGUGCCCCUCAGAUACCCUAUAAUUCAUAAGGGGUCUAGAUCAACCAUCAAAGAUAAUAUCAAUGACAAGCUGACUGAAAAGGAAAGAGAGUUUCCACUAUAUCCAAAAGGAGGGGAGAAGUUACAGUUUGAUUAUGGUGUCUAUCUUCUGAACAAAAACAUAGCACAGCUAAGAUACCAACAUGGACUAGGGACUCCAGACUUGAGGCAAACCCUUCCUAACCUGAAAAACUUCAUGGAGCAUGGGCUGAUGGUCAGGUGUGACAGACAUCACACCUCCAGUGCAAUCCCUGUUCCAAAGAGACAAAGUUCCAUCUUUGGGGGCACAGAUGUGGGCUUCUCUAGGGAGAUCCCCUCACCGGACAAAGGACAUCGAAAACGGGCCAGCUCAGAGAACGAAAGACUCCAGUACAAAACCCCUCCACCCAGUUACAACUCAGCAUUAGCACAGCCUGGAACCGCCACCCCUCCCAUGAGAGAGUCUGAGAGAAAGACAGCAUCUCUGUCCUCUUCCUUGGACACCUCCUUGGACUUCUCCAAAGAAAACAAGAAAAAGGGAGUGGAUUUGGGUGACACUUUACACGGAGGCCAUGUGAGUGUGGACACUAGCCAAGAACAAAGAGAAGCCCUCUCUGGGCACCCAGCCACAGUAAAUGGCACCCUGCCAUCCAGUGAGCAGCCUGGCCCCACCAGUGUCCAGCUUCCUGGGGAGUUUCACCUGGCCUCAGGGGCUGAGGUUUGCUGUGCCGUGGAACAAGCAGAAGAAAUCAUCGGGCUGGAAGCCACAGGUUUCACGUCAGGCGAUCAGCUAGAAGCAUUUAACUGCAUCCCUGUGGACAGUGCCGUGGCAGUUGAGUGUGACGAGCAAGUUCUGGGAGAAUUUGAAGAGUUCUCCCGAAGGAUCUAUGCACUGAAUGAAAAUGUAUCCAGCUUCCGGCGGCCACGCAGGAGUUCUGAUAAAUAAAGUGAGCAGACCAGACAGGAGGACCAGAGCAGAACUACUGGCUCAGUGAGAAUAAAGCUGCACUCACCCUUUUUCAUAAUUAUGAUACAAAAUGAAUAUUAAUGGAGGAUAUUCCUCAGCAAAAACAACUUUGGGAAGAAAAGAGGGACUCAGGAUCAUUGUGUAUCAGUGGGCCAGACAAAGUUAGAUUUUGCUUUCAAGAUUUGCUUUUCAGGCCUGAUGAUUGUUUUAAGGCAAAAGUCACCCCCUAAUUGAAAGAGCUUACAGCUCGAGUCACCUUAUAUGUCUGCUUUUUUAUUUACACUUCUAUGUUAUCCUCAGAGGGAAGAUGAUAAUAUAUAAAUAAUAUAAUGAACUCACCUUUAGUUUCCCGUAAGCAUUGGCGUUCACCACAGUUUAUAAAACGUUGGAAAGAUGGGAUAUUCAGGAAUAGCUUUUGACCAUUUUCCUAAGUGUCUAUGACCAUCCAUCAGGUUGAUAAAUGAGAAGUUAGUGUUACCUUUUACCCAGGGUCCUGUGCUCCAACCCUUGCUCCCAAGCACCCCAGUCAAGUAGAGACCCACUGUUGGCCUGUCUUCCUAGUAGAUGGGCUAUGCCUCCUAAACCCCAGGACAUCAACACUCACAGGCCCCAAACUAUUAUCAGGACAUUCCUUCUCUUCUACUCAGCCAAGACCAUUCCCCUACUGCUGUACUCCUGGAUGAGCAUUCCUUUGGUGGGCCCAAGAGACUCCCAAGAAUUAACCAUAGUCAGAUGGCAUCCAGUUCCCCGUGGGGUCCAAAGUUCUACAUGGGUAGAUGUAGUUGGUCAAAAAUUAGGCAAGCCUUCUGGCACUCUACUCACCAGACAAAAAAAAAGCUUUAAAUGUAAACUCCAUAUUAAUUUAUUACAUUUCAAUCUGAAGGAAGGCAUUAUAUAUGACAAAAUAUAUGUAGAGAGUCAGGCUGUCCACUGCAAAGGAGUUGAAAUGGGUGAGUUAAGAGAAUAUAUGAGGCAUAGAGUGUUAUUGUGCAAUUUCAUAAAGUGUUAAAUUAUGUUUUUGAAGUCUAAUUUGUCAUUCCUGCAUUUGUUUGCUGUUGCUUUAUACAUUAUGUACCCAAGGACGAUGCCUCAGGGUUGCAAGCUCUUUAAGGAAAAUUUAUCCAUAUAUCCAUGUAUUGUAUAGAAAAAUAAAAAUUGAGUUUACUUCA